UCAUUUGGAAAAACACAUCUUUGAUUGUUAUAACCCGAAGUGGAGUGGUUAGUUUGUAAACUGUGCACCAGACAGGGGGCAAGGCCUGCAAAGUUUGUUGUUUAUUUCUUUAGAAAUUAAUCUCAUUCAUUGUUUUUCAAAGUAAUUGAUUAAAGCAAUAUUUGUAUUGUACAUAGGAGUAAAAAAUGGGCUGAAUUUUCUACCGACAUCAGAGAUGCAACAUUUGCAUGUAUAGGUGCCCACUUUGCUAUAAUUAUACAUCAGAUCUCAGUUUCUAAUUGAUUACAAUCUUUAUGGUAUGAACUUACUUCAUGUAAGAAAAGUUCAUUUUAGAGGAAUUUCUUCAAAAACAGAUAAAAAUCUUUCAUAUAAUAAUAAAUCAAUUCCACUUCAUGGUUCAUCUCCAAAUUCAUUUCUCAAUUUUCCUUCAUCUCAACACUGGAAUGAAGACACUAUUCCUAGUAAUUUAUGCCUGGAUCCUACUGUGAAGAAGGUCAGUCGUUGUGAACUUGAAGUUGAUGUAAUUGCUGAAGACAUCUUGAAUCAAAUAAAUGUUGAAAGUUGUAUUGGUCAUAAUCCUGGUAUAACUGCUAUGUGGGAAGAUGAAAGACAACGAAGACGAGAUACUGGACUAUCUUCACAAGUUGCUCUUCCUGUUUCACAAGAAGAAAUUAUUGAUGAACGAAAUAAAGUGAUUCAAAGUGAGUUGGAGACAAUGGAAAAAUCUCUUUCACCCGAAGACUUUAAAGAAUUUUCUCAAAGUAUUUUGUCACAAGGCAAGCAACCGCAGUGUGAAGCAACAAUAAACCAAGAUGUGGACGUGGAUAGUCCAGUUGUUGAUCGGUCUCAAAUUUUAUUAAUAUAAGACAUUUAUUGAGCUGGAGAGUUGGAUAAAGAAUUGGUGGAGAUUUUAAUGAGUUUGGAUAAAGAUGACAAUGAA